AUGUUCCACUUCUACAAAGAUGAAGCCGCGACAAGCAUCGAGUGGAACCCUAAGCAGGUGCAAUAUAUUGAGGCAUGGAGUUUUCCCAACGUAAAUGAGGUGAUAUCGUGGAACUUUCGCCAGGGACUUCUUGACAACUCCCAGAUAGAAGCCUGGCUGCAGCAGACAGGAAGCUUUUCGAUCCCAGACUUCCCUCCUUCGGUUGGGCAUUCAAACGGGGGUGUUAGAUUAUUGAUAUGCGAUUACACUUCAUUCCCACAUCCCUUGCUUGGAAUGUCUUUUGAAAACUAUUGCCUUGUAGAAUCAACACUUGGGCUUCACCCGGCUACCCUUCCAGCUCUCCAAGUACAUGCUGGGACGUUUUCGGGACAUUUCAAGUCCAGCCAGGAGAAAGAUAAGAUAUCCAUUGUUCUUAAAGCUCCUCAGAAGUAUGAGAUUGCCAACUACAUGCUCUCCCUCACGCAUGAUCCUACCUCGCGGUGGACCACAGCUUUACUUGCUGGUGAAGCAAUCAUCGAGCCACCCCAUCUAUUUGGAGAAUAUCCCUCGGAUAUACCUAUCAGAUUUCGUGCCCCGGCAGGAGUAAUCCGAGCCAGCCUCAUGCAGUCACCCGAAGCUUGGAACAAUCCACUUACACUUCCAUGUAUCCUCGUCACUGACCAUCUCAAACGAUUACAGAACUACUCCACAGGAUCCCUGACCCAAGAAGUCAUGAUCAUAGAAGAGCAGCUUGGAGUCACCCGCGUUGGCCGAAGGAACCAAAUGCCACGUUUUGACGGCCAAGCGGGCAGAAAGUCUCAACCCGGUGAUACAGAUGGGUUGAACUUUGGCAUACCGGAAAGAUACCAGGCAAAGUUUCUCACCAUUGCCAUUAACACACGGCUUACCAGCAUCCUAUUCACAAGACGUUCCCCAAAGUGGAAUUACGAGGCAUCAGAGUUUCUCAUGCGGCUUAUUAGUGAAUUUUCUGAAGUGUUCCAAGAGCAACAAUCUCUGAACGAUCGAAUGGGUGAGCUGAUGGAGCACAAUAUCUCUCUCGCACACUCCAUUGAAGACCAGGUCCUAAACCUUCAAGCCCGAUUGGAACUUCAACUGAAUGUGUUGUACAGUUUCGUAGCCCAAUCGGACAAUCAACUGAAUGCACGGCUCGCCGCAACAACUGGGAGGGAUAGCACCUCUAUGAAAAUCUUGGCUUUCAUCACGACAAUCUUUCUUCCUGGGACAUUUAUCGCGACUUUGUUUUCAAUGGACAUGUUUGAUUGGAAAAAUGACGCUUCAGACCCUAGCCUUACUGUAUCGUCACAAUUUUGGAUCUACUGGGCUGCAGCACUCCCACUUACAGCCCUCACUCUCGGUGGUUGGGCCCUAUGGUGGAACUUCGAAAAGCACCGCUAUGAUGUGCAUAAGGCAGCGGCGCCCAAAAGAGCAGACAGACCAUCCAAGUCAUCAUGGUGGCGGAAAUCCGCAAACGUUUAG